AUGGGCCCGACGCUCCAGCGCCAUCCAUUUUCAGGGCUAGUUGAUUCGGCAGGCAUAGUUCACCAUCUUUCGGGUCCUAACACGUGCGCUCAUGCUCCACCUCCCCGGCGCGGCGGGCGAGACGGGCCGGUGGUGCGCCCUCGGCGGACUGGAGAGGCCUCGGGAUCCCACCUCGGCCGGCGAGCAGCGCCGGCCUUCACCUUCAUUGCGCCACGGCGGCUUUCCUCCCGGAGCCGGUCGCGGCGCACCGCCGCGGUGGAAAUGCGCCCGGCGGCGGCCGGUCGCCGGCCGGGGGGCGGUCCCCCGCCGACCCCACCCCCGGCCCCGCCCGCCCACCCCCGCACCCGCCGGAGCCCCCCUCCGGGGAGGAGGGACGACGGGGGAGGGAGGCAACCCGACUCCGGGAAGACCCGGGCCCGGCGCGCCGGGGGCCGCUACCGGCCUCACACCGUCCACGGGCUGGGCCUCGAUCAGAAGGACUUGGGCCCCCCACGAGCGGCGCCGGGGAGUGGGUCUUCCGGAGUGGGGGCCGAAAACACGGGCGCGGGCGGGGAGCACGAGCCGGCGGCACAGGCGGGAGCCCUGCCGGGCUUGGAGGAGGGGCAGGGGGAGACGGUGGGGGAUGCGUUGACGCCCAGGGGCGGGCCCGAGCGCGGCACGGCGCACGCACGCGGGGAGGCGAGGGUGGGGGUUGGAGGGAGCACACGCACGAAGCCGGGGCGGCGGGCGGGGCGGGGCGGGGGAGGGGGGGGGGCCACGGGCCACGGCCCUCGCCCCCCGCACACCCCCACCGCCACAGCCACCGCCACCGCCCACGGGCACCGCCGCCCGGGCUCCUUCUCCUCCCCUCCUUCACCGAAGCCCCCGCGAGCAACCGCCGCACGGCUGCGGGGCCGGGCGACGGACGGCGCGGCGCGGCUGUCCGCCCUGGGCGACAACACCCCGUCGACCCCCGACCCACCGCGGGCUCGGGGCACACAGCGCGGCGUGGCCGCAACCCGGGGGAAAGCGCGCAGCGGCGGGCGGCGCCGCGGCGUCCCGCGGGCCGCCGCCGGGGCACGCGUCCCCGGGGCGCGGCCCCGCGCGCGACUCGGCCUCGGCGCGAGCCGCCCCGACAGGGCGAAGGCCGGGAUCGCCGGCGGGGAGGGAGGGGGCGGGCGCGGAUCCCGGACGCGAGGCGGUGGCCCGCGGAUGGGGGGCCCCCACGGCCCGGACGACCGCGGCUCCCCGCCGGGGGCACGGCGGCGAGACCGACGGCGUUCCGGAACCGGGCCCUCCACCACGACGGGUCAACACCGGCGAGCGGCACGGGACCGCGACCCUCCCCAACACACAACCCCGGGCGACCCCAAGACCGCGGGUGCCUCCAGCCGGCCAGUCAGACACAAGCGAGACCAGACUCCGAGAAGGUCGGAAAGGUUGGACAACGGGGCAUCCGGCCACCGCGCGCCCCCCCCACGCGAGGGGCGAAGCUCGGACAACCCCACAGGCGCCCAGGGGGUUCCCACCUACCCCCCCACACCCACCGAGGGACGCGGGGCACACACGCACAACGCACGGCCCCACGGGGCCGCCGGGCAGCCCCCUCCCGACGGCCGCACGGAGACCGUGGCGUGGCGCAGCAACCCCAGCCCCGGGGGCCCGAACCACCCCCGGAGGGCGCCACGGGGGCCCGCCGCCGCGCCGCGCAUCCCGAGACGCGCCGAGGGCGCCGUGCGGGCACGGCGACCGGGAAGGACCAGCGCCGAGGACGAAGGCGGCGGCGGCGGCGGCGCGCGCGCGCCCCUCCGCAAGCCCUCGACCCGCCGUCCGCGGGGAAGGCGACCCACCGCCGUUCCGCCGCCGGGGCCGCACCGCGGGGCUCCCACUCGCCCCUUGGGCGCCUCCUUCCCCCCCCCUGGUUCCUCAGGGCCCUUUUUCCCCCCCGCGCGCACUUCUCUCUCGUCCCUCGCGACCAGCGGGCCGGCACCGCACCGGCCCGCCCGCGCCGCACGG